AAUCCACAGUACUGACCUGUUCAUCAGGAUGAAAUUGAUCACUUCUCUGAUUCUCCUCUGGGCACUCUCCAGCACAGCUGGAGCCCUUCAGUGUCAAAACAGCACAAGUGCAACUUGUUCAAACCUAGUUUCAUGUUCCUCAGAGACGAUGUGUGUCACAGCUACAAUUCUAGCUUUUUCAUCUGGAACUUCAGUAACACAAAUCUACAAGGGAUGUGCAUCUUCCUCCCUGUGUCUAGCCACGGGGAAUCAGACAUUUUCAGUUAAUCUGGGUGUUCAAAGUGCUCUCGCAUCUGCCAUGUGCUGCAACACUGAUAACUGCAACUCAGAAACUCUGGCUCCCCCUGCUCUUCAGUCAAAUAAUGGUCGAGUUUGUAAUGUUUGUGACCCCUCCACCUCUCAAUGCACUUCUACAUUACAAUGUCAGGGAGUCGAGGAGCAAUGUUUUGAAUCAAUGAUGAACAGCAACGCCAAAAUUUUUCCCGCUUUUGGCUGUGCAUCUAAAAACCUGUGUCUAGCUGCUAUGAGCCUGCGUUCUCUGCCUUUCAUGCAAAACGUUGGUAACAUAAUCGAUGGACCAAAGUGUUUUCCAUCUACAACAACUGCAGCACCAACAACCACCACAACCCCAGCUACAAGUGCAGCAGGUACAACCAUUGGAGAUACAACCGUUGCCCCAGCUACAACCCUGCCCCAGCUACCACCGUUGCCCCAAGUACCACAGCUGCCCCAGCUACCACAGCUGCCCCAGCUACCACUGCUGCUAUAG